AGCGCACGCGUCCCAGCGCCCCCUGCCGGCCCAGGCAGCCGCGCUCCGCUCCGGGCUCGACUCGUCACGCCUGGCAGGGCCGGGGAGGGAGGGUGCCCGAGCGAAGGGCCGGUCCUAUCGGCUUCCGUUGGCGGAAGUGACGGAGGCGCACCGGAGGGAAGUGCGCGGCCGGGCAGGGGCCGCUUUGGGUGGGAGCCUCCCCGGCAGGGGCGUCGUGCGGCCGGCCUGGUGGGCCUCCCUCCCUUCCGCCCAGCCCUCCGGGCUGACCGGCCCGCUCCGACUCCCGGCGGCCCGGCGGCGGCAGGAUGACGCCAUGCUCCCCGACAGCCUCCUGUACGAGAUCUUCCGCUACCUGCAGCUCCCGGACGUGCUUUCCGCGGGGCGGGUGUGCCGGCAGUGGCGCUCGGUGGCCCGCGACGAGGUCCUGUGGAAGGAGCUCUUCUAUCGGUACUACGGGGUAGCCCGGGACGUCCCGCGACACCCAGCUGCCACCUCCUGGUAUGGGGAGUUCCAGCGACUGUACGACACCAUCCCCUGUGUUGAAGUGCAGAGCCUGAAAGAGCAUGGAGACCAGGUCCUGCACCUCAGCUUCUCCCACAACGGCUACCUGUUUGCCUCUUGUUCCAAGGACUGCACCGUCAAGAUCUGGCACAACGAUCUCCAGCUCUCACUGCUGCAUAGCACCAGCAUGAAAAAAUACAACUGGAGCUACACUCAGUUCUCGCAGUUCAACGCAGAUGAUUCCCUCCUCUUGGUCUCUGGAGUUUUUAUGGGCCCCCGGACCUCCUCGUCUGGGGAGAUUGCGGUCAUCAGCCUGGAGAACUUUGAACUCCUGUCCCGAGUCCGUAAUAAGCCUUACGACGUGUUUGGUUGCUGGCUGAACGAGACCAACCUGAUUUCCAGCAACCUGCACCGCAUUGGGUACCUCACUUCCUGCUCUGUGCUGUGGCUCAACAACGCCUUCCAGGGCAUCGAGUCUGAGAACGUCAACGUGGUGAAGCGGCUCUUCAAAAUCCAGAACCUGAAUGCCAGCACCAUCCGAACAGUCAUGGUGGUGGACUGCAGCCGCUACGACUUGGCUGGCGAGCCUCUCAGCCCUGGCGAGCCGGCGGGGGAGGACCCUGUAGCUCCCUGCAAGGGGAGCGACAGUGAGGAGGCGGAGGAGGAGACUCCCGAGCCAAGCGGUUUCCCGGCGGCCGAAGGUGAGGCAGGGUCCAAAGAUGGGCUGGACCGCUUCCUGAGCGAUAUCAUUGCAGGACGCGUCCAGCCAAUUAUGACGGAGAUGGAGAUGGAGACGAAAGUGGCCCGACUCCUGGCCCGGAACAGGACGAAGCCCCCGGAGGCCAACCUGCUCUCCCUGCAGAGUGGAAACAAGAAAUACCUGAUCUUCACCACCGGCUGUCUCACCUACUCACCACACCAGAUUGGAAUUAAGCAGAUCCUUCCGCACCAAAUGACAACUGCAGGGCCUGUUCUAGGAGAGGAGAGGAAUUCGGACAAGUUUUUUGAUUCGCUGGAUCACGUCAUAGAUAUUCACGGGCAUAUUAUUGGCAUGGGCCUCUCCCCAGACCACAGGUACUUGUAUGUGAACAGCCGCGCUUGGCCCGAGGACUGCAUCAUUUCCGAUCCUUUGCAGCCGCCCCCCAUUGCCGAGGAGAUUGAGCUGCGCGUGCUGGACCUCAAGACCAUGAAGGAAGCUAAGCGGGCGUUGCGGGCCCACCGGGCGUACACCCCCAGCGAAGAGUUUAACUUCAUCUUCCUAGACGUCAGCAGGGACUUUGUGGCCAGUGGGGCCGAGGAUCGCCAUGGGUACAUCUGGGACCGGCAUUACGACAUCUGCUUGGCCAAACUGCAGCACGAUGACGUGGUCAACUCGGUGGCCUUCAGCCCCGUGGAGCAGGAGCUCCUUGUGACGGCCAGCGCCGACAGCACCAUCAGGGUGUGGCGCUCUCCCCGCACCAUGCGCAUCCUGCAGGCCGAGAAGCCCCGGCUCCAUAGACGUCUCUCCUGGGCUUCGAAGCAGAGAACAUGAGCCGGGCGGGGCUUGCCCCCUAGGCUAGCUGGGUCAUCUCCCGGCAAGCGACUCUGGCCCAUCUCCCUGAGCGUCACAGAUGCCCUGCUGGGGGUGAGGCCUGGAAGAAGGUACAUCGCCACUCAAGGAAUGGAGCUGCAGGCUGGCAGGUGCCCCCCCGGUGAAGGCUUGGCUGAGAGGGCCUGCUUGUGGACGGCACCAGAAACCUCUCUUUGGGGAGGUGUUUCCCCCACCCUGCGGGCUGGAACGUUUACAAAGGAUGCGGCCGACCCUCUGGUGCGGCUCCCCUGCCUUGAGCAGCCGCAGGACUCACACAAAUUGAGCCAGGAAAUUUGUGCUGCUCCAAAGCAUCCUGCUGAGUUUUUGCUUGAUGGGAAGGUAAGAGAAAAAGCAGAGUAGAAACAUGUCCUUGCAGCUGGUGCGCUGCGCUGCGCCUCCCUUGGUGCCUCUGCUCCCUUUAGAAGGCUCUUGUUGACUCUUGGCAUGGCAGGGAGGGCCCCCCGGAAGGUUUGGGGCUGCAGCCUGGGAAGGUGUACACGCCCACCCAUCCUUGGCUUUUGGGGGAGGGGGUUACUCACCUCUGGAAGUAAUUCCAUGUUCCCUGCAAGGUGGCACAUUUUUCUUUGUGAGGGUGCAAGAUUUGAAGACACAACCAGUGCGAAUAGCACUGGUGAGUAACAUUGUGAGGCUGGUAAAGCUUUGUGAGGAGGCAGAGAGGCGUCCAAAUGUGUGUGUGAGACAGGCACUUUGACCCCUGGAGAUGCCACUCCAGAAUUAGCCCACCCUCUGCUCAAGAGGGCAUGCUUUGGGGGGUGGGCAGCGUGCAGGUCCCACCAACCUCAGCUAUCCAGCGCAACAUGGCUUGGUCUCAAUAAACUUGGCUUGCAUUGCAGCUCC